AUGGGUGAAGGAGGUGAACGGAUCAUUUACAUCAACAAUCCAGCCCUCAACGGCGCCCAACAAUUCCUUCACAACCGGGUAUUUACUGCAAAGUACACCGCCUUUUCUUUUCUUCCAAGGUUUCUUUACGAAGAGUUUUCAAAAUAUGCAAAUGUGUUUUUUUUGUUUAUUUCUGGUAUUCAGCAAAUUCCUGGUAUCUCCCCCACUUCAAGGUAUACCACCCUUGUGCCGCUGGUCAUUGUAUUGACAAUCACUGCAGUAAAAGAAGUUAUUGAAGAUUGGGGAGUUCAUCGUUCGGAUGCAGAAUUGAAUGCCAAAUCUUGUCGGGUAUUGGAGGGCACUCAGUUCGUAGACAAGUCUUGGCGUGACAUCAAAGUGGGGGAUGUUUUGCGCGUUGAAAGCGGAGAGAAUUUCCCUGCGGACCUGAUUCUUGUAAGCAGUUCAGAGCCAGAAGGACUGUGUUAUAUCGAGACAAGUAACCUGGAUGGUGAAGUUAAUUUGAAAAUUAAACAAGCCUUACCCCAGACUGCUGGACGUCUAAAUCCUAUCGAAAUGAGCCGUCUCCAGGGCGUAAUAAAAUCAGAACAGCCGAACAACAGACUUUACAACUAUGAUGGUGUAAUGACAAUAUCUUCGGACAAUGACACCGGAAAGCCACGCGAUCAUCCACUUGACCCAACCCAGCUUUUGCUACGCGGUGCUCAGCUGAGAAAUACGUCUUGGGUAUAUGCAAUUGUCGUGUUUACUGGUCAUGAAACCAAAUUAAUGUUGAAUUCGAGCAAAAAACCAUCCAAAGUUUCAAAUAUUACACAUAUCACUAACCGAAACAUUCUUUAUCUGUUUGCAAUCUUGGUUUUGAUGAGUAUUGGAGGUGCUAUUGGUGGCAUGGUCUUCACUAUCAACAAAGGAGACUUGGUGAGCUACUUGCCACUAAAUGAACAAAGCAGGGCAGAAGAGUUUGGAUAUGAUAUCUUGACUUUUUUGAUUUUAUUCAACAGUUUUAUCCCGAUUAGUUUGAUGGUUACUAUGGAAAUUGUCAAGUUUAUAUUGUCAUACUUGAUUGAAUCAGACUUGGAUAUGUACUACGAGCCAACCGACACUGCAGCGGUUGCACGCAGUAGUAGUUUGAUUGAAGAGCUUGGUCAAGUCAAAUAUGUUUUCUCGGACAAGACUGGUACACUGACUUGCAAUGAAAUGCAAUUCCGACAAUCAUCGAUUGCCGGUCUGUCGUAUGCUGAUAAGGUCGAGGCCGAUAAACAGGCCAGGGAUGGCACAGACGAUCCUACACUCCAAUACAAUUUUGACCAACUCCAAGAGCAUCUCAAGACACAUCCUACGGCCAACGUUAUUAACGAAUUCUUGAUUCUCUUGGCGUGCUGCCACACUGUCAUUCCAGAAGCACAAGAAGGCUCUGAUGAGAUUGAAUAUCAAGCAUCGUCUCCAGAUGAAGGUGCCUUGGUCAAAGGUGCCAGUAUGCUUGGUUACAAAUUUCAUACACGUCGUCCAAACUCUAUUACUUGCUCGAUUCGUGGUCAUGAUAUGGAAUAUCAAGUUCUGAAUGUGUGUGAGUUUAAUUCGACACGUAAACGUAUGUCGGCAAUUAUUCGCGGUCCGGACGGAAAAAUCAAGUUGUACUGCAAAGGUGCCGACACUGUUAUUCUCGAACGUUUGGCAGACAACAACCCGUUUGUCGAGACCACCUUGGUCCAUCUGGAAGACUACGCGUCCGAGGGUCUGCGAACCUUGUGUAUUGCAAUGCGCGAGAUCCCUGAAGAAGAAUACGCACGCUGGUCCCAGAUUUACGAUCGUGCUGCAACCACCCUUGUGGAUCGUGCCGAUGAACUUGAUAAGGCGGCCGAGAUGAUCGAGCAGAAUUUGUUUUUACUUGGUGCAACCGCAAUUGAAGACAGACUCCAGGAUGGCGUACCAGAUACUAUCUACACACUCCAGGAAGCCGGUAUCAAGGUCUGGGUCCUUACGGGCGAUCGACAGGAAACAGCUAUCAAUAUUGGAUACUCUUGCAAACUUCUCAAUGAAGAAAUGAGUUUGAUUAUCUGUAAUGAAGACAAUCACUGGGAUACAAAGACAUUUUUGGCUAAGAAACUGGAAGACAUUCAAAAGCUGAUGACUCGCGGGGAAGACGUUGAGCCUUUAGCACUGGUUAUCGAUGGUCGCGCACUGACAUUUGGGCUUGAAAAAGAUAUCGAAAAAAUUCUAUUUGAUUUGGCUGUUCUGUGUAAAGCGGUUAUCUGCUGCCGUGUAUCUCCUCUUCAAAAGGCUCUGGUUGUCAAACUUGUUAAAAAGUAUGACAAGGCAAUUUUGCUUGCUAUUGGUGAUGGUGCCAAUGACGUCUCUAUGAUCCAGGCGGCCCAUGUUGGCGUGGGUAUCAGUGGUGUUGAAGGCCUUCAGGCAGCACGUAGUGCAGAUUUUGCUAUUUCUCAAUUCCGUUUCCUCAAGAAGCUCCUGCUGGUUCAUGGUUCAUGGGCUUACCAACGGUUGAGUAAAAUGAUCUUUUUCUAUUUCUACAAAAACGUUACUUUGUACCUCACUCUGUUCUGGUAUGCAUUCUACAAUGGGUUCUCAGGAUCAACUCUGUAUGAGUCUUGGACUAUGUCGUGUUUCAACGUCAUCUUUACAUUCCUUCCUCCCUUGGUUAUUGGUGUCUUUGAUCAGUUUGUUUCAGCCCGUAUGUUGGACAAAUAUCCUCAAAUGUACAUGCUCGGCCAAAUUAAUGAGUUCUUUAAUCAAAAGAAGUUCUGGGGAUGGUUUUUGAAUGCCUGUUAUCAUUCUCUGCUCCUGUUCUUCCUUGGUAUGGCUGCAUUUAGAGAUGAAGGUGUAUUCAAGAACGGUUUGAUGGGUGGUCAAUGGUGGGCAGGCACAGCUGUUUUCACGGCCGUCCUUGGCUGUAUUGUUUGGAAAGGUGCUCUGGUGACUGAUGUUUGGACAAAGUAUACCUUCAUUGCCAUGUUCGGUUCAAUGGUUAUCUGGUUUAUCUACCUUCCAGUAGUAGCGUAUAUUGGACCUGCAAUUUCAGUUACAGUGUUUCCUGAAUACUAUGGCAUGGUUCCCAUGUUGUGGGGAAACCCUAAUUUCUGGUUUUUCAUUAUCCUGGUACCAUUCACUUGUAAUUUGCGAGAUUUCAUAUGGAAAUAUGGAAAGCGUAUGUACCGACCCAUGCCCUAUCAUUUCGUUCAAGAGAUCCAAAAAUACAAUUUACCCGAUUAUCGACCUCGAAUGGAUCGUUUCCGCCAGGCUGUCAAUAAGGUCCGGCGGAUACAGCGUUUGAAGAGAAACAGAGGAUAUGCAUUUUCUCAGAACGACAGUGACCAAGCCAAGAUCAUUCGUGUUUACGAUACUACACAGCAGAAGCCACUUGGUUAAUCUUAUUAUCUUACUUCUAUUAUUAUUCACCUACAACAAAGUUCCGCUUUUUUUUUCUAUUUCUUGCUUUCUAUUGUUUCCCUAUCUUUUGUCUACAUUUUGAUUGGUAAAUUAACAUAUAUAUAUAUAUAAAAUAAUAUAAUAUAAAAU